AUGGCAAAGCCACAGCUUCCCAAAGCCCAGGAGCUGGGAGCCGGGCUGCUGGCACCACUCAUCUGCGGGGCGAAGGCAGAAGCCGGGGCGCAGGGUUCCCCGGCCCCGCUGAGAAGCUGCGGGACCCGGCCCUUGGCUGAGCACCACGGGCCGUUGCGCGUCGUGGGCGGCAGCGAUGCCUCCCCGGGAGCCUGGCCCUGGAUCGUCAGCAUCCAGCAUCCCUGGGCAGUGGGCAGCGGGCACAUCUGCGGAGGCUCCCUCAUCCAUCCCCGGUGGGUCCUCACCGCAGGACACUGCUUUGACAAGUACAGGAACGUCCCGACGUGGCGCAUGGUGAUCGGGGCCACCCGGCUGUCUGCGCUGGGCCCCGAGGCCCAAGUGCGCAAGAGCAAGCGGCUGCUGAUCCACGAGAGCUACCGCAGCGACACCUCUGAGAACGACAUCGCCCUGCUGGAGCUGGACGAGCCCGUGCAGUGCAGCGACUACGUGCAGCUGGCCUGUGUGACUCACUUCUCCGACGUGGUGGUGUCGCAGCUCACAGACUGCCGCGUCGCUGGCUGGGGCUACACCACGGAAGGCUCUGCAGAAAUAUCCGACGUGCUGCAGGAGGCCAAGGUCCACCUCAUCAAUGUCAAGCUCUGCAACAGCAGCGAGUGGUACGGAGGGGCCGUGCACAGCUACAACCUGUGUGCUGGCUACCCGCGGGGCGGCAUUGACACCUGCCAGGGUGACAGCGGGGGCCCGCUUGUCUGCAGAGCUCCACACGACAACUUCUUCUGGCUCGUGGGCCUGACCAGCUGGGGGAAAGGCUGUGCCAGACCAAAGCAGCCUGGCGUCUACACCUCCACCCAGCACUUCUUCAACUGGGUGCAGUCACGGAUUCGCUCAGGAGGAAAACUAGGAAUAGGAAUCACCUUCUGCAUGGAGACAGUUUAUCCCCAGAGCCUGCUGGAAUCCUUCCACUGUGGCCGGGCGGAAGCGGGAAAACGCGCGCUCGGCACAAAAUGGCGGCCGCCUCUGUCCUCACCCAACAUGGCGGCGCCCUCACAGCACCCGCCCCCUUCACCGUUGAAAGUCCGGGUUGCUUCUAUGAAAGGAUGUGAGCCUUACACAGUCGAUGAAAUAGAAUAUAAAAACCUGACUGGUGAAAUGAAUCAGCUCUACCACACACCUUACAAAGAUGUGGAUGAGGUAAAACCAGUCACGGUAGAAGGAGGACAGUGGAGAGCUCAAGUGCUGGUGUAG